UGCCGUUCCUAUACUAUCCCCCAAAUUAGCCAGACAUGCCAGCUUCGCAAUACGUGACAUUGAACACUGGGGCGAAAAUGCCCACUUUGGGUCUCGGGACGUGGAAGUCCGCUCCCGGUGCUGUUGAGAAGGCGGUUGAGGUCGCGCUCAAGAACGGGUACCGUCACAUCGACACCGCAGCUGCGUAUGCGAAUGAGAAGGAGGUUGGAGUGGGCCUUAAGAACUCUGGCGUGCCGCGCGAGGACAUUUUCUUGACGACGAAGCUCAACAACAGCGACCAGCGGGACCCUGAGGGGGCGCUGGAGACAUCGUUGAACAACCUUGAAACAUCGUACCUCGACCUUUGGUUGAUGCACUGGCCUUGUCCGAUGAAGAAUGGAAAGCCUGACCCCAGCGUCGCCUGGCAGGACACCUGGAAAAAAAUGGAGGUGAUUUACAAGGCGCACCCCGAGAAGGUCCGUGCGAUCGGCGUCUCCAACUUCUCGGUCAAGUACCUCGAGGAGCUUCUCAGCUUCGCGACGAUUGUCCCGGCCGUGAAUCAAAUCGAAAGCCAUCCAUCACUCAAGCAAGAGGAUGUCGUCGCGCUCUCGCGGUCGAAGGGCAUCGCGAUCACGGCGUACUCUCCUCUUGGUUCGGACAAUGCACCGCUUGCGUCGAACCCGACCAUAGUUGAGAUUGCAAAGGCGUAUAACGUCAGCCCGACGGCGGUGCUUAUCUCGUACCACGCCAACCGUGAGGGCUUCACUGUUAUUCCCAAGUCGGUCACGCCCGAGCGUAUAGUUUCCAACAAGAAGAUCAUCGACCUAACGCCAGAGGACCUGCAGAAGGUCUCCGACGUCGAGAAGGCCGGCACUCUACGUGUAUGCAAGCCGUACUGGACCGGAUACGGCGGCAUUGGUUUCCCUGACUGCCAGGACUGACUGGCUGCGAGAUUGUAACGCGUUUUGUUGUACGGGGUGCUCAACCGUAGUCGAACCAGAACGUCGAGAAGCUAUGACAUUGAAUAGGUUUGUCAAUCAGACGCAAUAUUAUCGUAACAUCGUCGCUUUGUCCUCGAUGAUAGUCGCAAGCACCUAGUUUAAAUUCUUCCUAUGUACACAUGGGUGCGCGUACAGAAUACGAAAGAUAAAUUAGUGCAUCGGG